UGGAAAUGUCAGCUAGAUUUUGCCAUUAUUUGGUUGAAUGCUGAAAUAUUUUCGGGAGCAAAUUGUGUUUAACUAGAUUUUUUCUAGGUUUACUUUUUAAGCGGUCUAAAAAAAGGUGCACUUUUUAAGCCAAAUUUGGUCAAAUUUUGAUCAACCAAAUCGGGUUUGAACACAGCAAUUUGAAGUACAAACGUGAAAACACGGAGCAACGACUCGCGCCUUUGUCUCCGCAACCGCACGGAGCCCGAGCGGCGCGGCGCCACCGCCCCAUGCUCGACGCGGCCGGCCGGACGCCUUCCACGCACCCGGCGCUGCGGCAUUGCGUCGCGCUCCUCCGCCUCCACCUCGCGUCGCCCUCCCUCCCCGCGGCCAAGCAGAUCCACGGGCGAGCGCUCCGCGCCGGGGUGCCGCCCGCCCACCCGCUGCUUGCCAAGCACCUCCUCUUCCACCUCGCCUCCCUCCGCGCCCCGCCGCUCCGCUACGCCGUCGCCGUCCUCUCCCGCAUCCUCCCCAACCCGGACCCCUUCUCGCUCAACACCGUCCUCCGCAUCGCCGCGUCCUCGCCCCGCCCGCGCCUCGCGCUGGCGCUCCACCGCCGCGGCCUCGCGCCGCCCGACACGCACACCUACCCGCCGCUGCUCCAGGCGUGCGCGCGCCUCCUCGCGCUCCGCGACGGGGAGCGCCUCCACGCCGAGGCCGCCAAGAACGGGCUCGCCGCGCUCGUCUACGUCAAGAACUCGCUCGUCCACCUCUACGGCGCGUGCGGCCUGUUCGAGAGCGCGCACAGGGUGUUCGACGAAAUACCCGUGCGCGAGCGCAACCUCGUCUCCUGGAACUCGAUGCUCAACGGGUUCGCUGCCAAUGGCCGCCCCAACGAGGUGCUCACCGUCUUCCGGGAGAUGUUGGAUGUCGACUUCAAGCCGGAUGGAUUCACUAUGGUGAGUGUGUUGACAGCAUGCGCUGAGAUCGGGGCACUCACUCUUGGAAGGAGGUUGCACGUGUACCUGUCAAAGGUUGGAUUGGUGGGGAACUCUCAUGUUGGCAACGCCUUGAUUGAUUUGUACGCCAAAUGCGGUGGCGUCGAGGAUGCAAGGAGGUUGUUUGAGGAGAUGGGGAUAGAGCGGACCAUCGUCUCAUGGACGUCAUUGAUUGUGGGCUUGGCAGUGAAUGGUUUUGGGAAGGAGGCACUUGAGUUGUUCAGUGUGAUGGAGAGGGAGAAGCUUGUGCCAACUGAAAUCACGAUGGUAGGAGUGUUGUAUGCUUGCAGCCACUGCGGGCUGGUUGAUGAUGGGUUUAUGUAUUUUGAUAGGAUGAAGGAAUACGGCAUUGCACCGAGGAUUGAGCAUUUGGGAUGUAUGGUGGAUCUAUUGGGUAGAGCUGGUAAAGUCGAGGAAGCUUACGACUAUAUCAUCACCAUGCCGCUGGAGCCCAAUGCUGUCGUGUGGAGAACCUUGCUGGGUGCUUGUGCAAUGCACAAGAAGUUAGAACUUGGGGUGGCUGCUUGGUCACGCCUGGUUGAGCUUGACCCUGGACAUAGCGGAGACUAUGUUCUCCUCUCGAACCUUUACGCUGCUGUUGGAAGGUGGGCGGAUGUUCAUGUGCUUAGGAAAACAAUGGUUAAGGAUGGAGUGAGGAAGAAUCCUGGGCGCAGCUUUGUGGAGCUCCGCAACUCUGUGUAUGAGUUUGUUAUGGGUGAUAGGUCGCAUCCUGAGAGUGAACAGAUAUACCAAAUACUUGCCGAGAUAGCUGAGAGAUUGAGACGUGAAGGUUACAUCCCUCGCACAAGCAAUGUAUUGGCAGAUAUAGAGGAGGAAGAGAAAGAGACUGCCUUGAACUACCAUAGUGAGAGGCUGGCCAUUGCAUUUGCCUUGCUGAAGUCUCUUCCUGGUACUCCUAUCAGGGUAGUGAAGAACUUGAGGGUGUGUGGGGACUGUCAUAUGGCAAUUAAGCUAAUAUCAAAGGUUUAUGAUCGUGAGAUUAUUGUGAGGGAUCGUAGUAGGUUCCACCAUUUCAAAGGCGGGUCAUGUUCAUGUAAAGAUUAUUGGUAGUAGAUUAGUGAUGGAUUGACCAUGUCCUAUGAUCAGAUAAGUUGUGCUGAAUUCUGAGUUCUGUAGAAGUUCAUCUGUGAUAACUGACAAGUCAUAUAUGGAUUCAGCCACCACAUCCAAUUUUUGAUGCACUGGAGGGGAAAUGUUGAGGCAGUCUCAGAUAUUAUAUGUUUGUUCCGUUCACGUCAGAACAGACGUUUCCAUAUAGCAAAAACGAGGUUCAGAACUGGGUUUGAAAAGCUGCACGUCUCACAAUUCCAUACUUCCUUACUCUGUAAAAUGGUCGAUGUUAAAGCAAAAUUUAAUUUUCAUUCUUAUUUUAUCCCUUUCACUGAUCAAAUAAAUCUGGAAUCUGGCUGUUUCAAUCCUCGACUCCCAUUCUGAUUCCAAAACAUGUACUUGCUAGCUUCCCUUGUGUUGAUGAGUAAAACGUUUGCACUUAUGUCCACCGGUUUGAUACAGAUUUGAAUCCUGAUAGACUGAUAGUAGGUCUGCAUGAAAUGAUCAGGCCAUGCUUUCGCAACUUCCUUUCCAACAUCAAUGCAAGACCCUUACAACCUUCUAAAGCUUGUGGAGAGCAAGGUUAAAAUAUAACUGCUUUCUUCGUGACACCACCAAAUGUUAGCUUAAUGUUACACAUUCUCUUUAACCAUUUUUAAUGGAUGUUGCUUUGCUCCAUCUGUUUCAACUCAUUGGGAUUACUACUUAUAUUUACUGCACUACUUUCCUUUCCUUUUUUUUUGUUUUUGGUAGUUCUCCCGGUGCCAUCGACAUGUCCUUAUUUUUCAUCCUUCCCUUUCAGAAUGCCAGUUUUGUCCCCAUUGUAGCUCAGGCAAAAAAAAUAAAA